GCGACGAUUGGAGUUCAGUUUCCCAAAUGCAGCCACCAAGAACGAACGUACUGAAAUUUUGUGUUGUGCUCAUAAAAAGGUGAAAAAUGGAUUAAUCGCCAGCUGCAAAGCAAGCGCACUACGGUGCCCAAAGUACACCCAACAAAAUGCUAUUUAACACGUUCGCCGUCAUGGCACCCCAAACCAGCAAAAUGAUGUCCCCAGCGACGGAGGCCACCGAUUUCGUACAAGAACAAUUUUUACCAUCAUCCACCAUCAUUGCCCAGGAGCAAUUUAGCGGAACAUUAACAUCAUCAUCGACAAGAACAACAUCCAACUUCCGCACCAAUGCAGUCCGCCUCCAUAAUGGAUAUGCUGACGACGCCGACCGCCUUUCCCUUGAAGAUCGAUUGGGAGGGCAAGAUGGAGCCGGCGUCUCCAUCCGACUUCUCCUUUGCUAAGGAGGAGUCCAUUUUCGACGACACCUACGAUUACUGCAAAGAAGACCUGUUCAAUAAUGCUCUCAUCGAUUUAGAAACUGAUUUUAAGCCGGAACCAUCGGUACUAGUGGAUGGUAGUUUUCUGGAGGUUCCUCUUGAAACGCUGCCUGAAGAUCUAUGUUACGAUGACAAGGUGAAGAUAUCGUCCAGCGAGUCCGAGCUGCUUGCCGCCAGCUAUGGCGCGUUGCCGACCGUUGUGGAGGAUGAAUUCUACCCGUUCACGCUGCAGCCGGAGGCGAAGGGCAGCAAUGGGGCCGGACCGGAGCUGAUGAUGGAGUUUGACUGUCCCGGAGCCGGCAGCUUGGAGCUGAUGAGCCAGCUGACACCGCCGCAAACGCCGCCCCAAACGACGGCCUUCGGUGGUGUUGUCGGUACCGUCCUGCCCAUGCAGACCCAGCUACAGUUGCCGCAACAGCAGCUAGCGCAGCAGUUCCAACCCCUGUAUGCUCCACUGUCGAAUUCGGAACUGUUGUUGCCGCAGCAGCAGCAGCAGCAGGUUCCGUUCGUCCAGGGCACUAACGUGCUCUCGACCGGCUACUACAUCGUGGACGAGUAUGCCACAAUGACGCAGAUCGGUGCUGGUGGCAUGCAGCAGCCGCAGCAGCAGCAGCAUCAAACCGUCACGAUGGAACCGUUGCAGCAAGUACCGGCCGACAUCGGGUCCGCUCCGUUCCACUUUAGCGAAACCUACACGCCCCAGCAGCUGAGCGAGAUGGCCAACAUCGUGCGCAGUCUGCAGAUGGACGAUGAUUCGUUCCAGGGGGGCGAUGACGAUGACGAUUCGUGUGCCGCAUUUUCCGAGGCCGGAUCGCUCGAGAAUGGUGCCGAUUCGCUGUCGUCAGCUUCGUCGGCUUCCUCGCUGGUCGCCCACUCGCCCGUGUACAGCGAUUCGGCCGAAUCGUCCGGAUAUUACGGUAGCCGGCACGAUGAGGCUGCCGCCGCCGACGACGACGACGAUGACUGGAGCCCGUCGAAGACGAAGAAGCUGUGCGUCCGGAACGGCGGUGCCGUCACGAAAAAGCGUACUGGCGGCGGCAGCACCACCACCCGCACGUACGGUGGCCGCGCGCCGGAGGAGAAAAAGUCCCGCAAGAAGGAGCAAAACAAGAACGCGGCCACGCGCUACCGGCAGAAGAAGAAGGCCGAAAUCGAGGAGAUUCUUAUUGAGGAGAGCAAGCUGCGCGAAAGGAAUGACGAGCUGAAGCGCAAGUCGCAGGAUCUGGGGCGCGAGAUCAGCUGCAUCAAGAAGCUGAUGCGCGAGUUUUGCCGUAGCAAGGGUUUGAUCUAACAGAAGCAAAUGCUAAAAAAGCGAUUCAAAACAUUUUCCAUUUGUAAAACAGUCAAGUAAAAGUAAAAAAAGCAGUAAAAGAUAAUUAUUGUUUGUAUCUCUCGUACCCCAGUUAUAGUUUACACGCAAAAGCAGUUUUGCCAGCAAAAUUAAGCAAUAUCAAAAUCAGGAGCUCAAUAAAUAAGUCAGAGCUAACGGCAAACUUGGAGAGAGCAGCGCUUCAGAGCGCCACCAGAACAACCAUUAAAAUACUUACUUCGCGUACCUUCUUCGUGUAGAGAGACAGUCCUAGCGAUCGUCGUUAUUUUAAACAUGCAUCCAUGCAUCUAUUCUAUAUGUCCGAGCCGAAGCUACCCUUUCUUAGGUGAGGUAUGAGGAGGACACCUCUAUAACGCACCUAAGCAGGGGUAGAAGAGGAUGGAUCAUGAUGGAUGCAUUUUAGACUUUAACAACAACUAAACUCCAUAUCUUCAUUCCUUUCGCGUCGGCUUAGUGUAAGCAGCGCUAACGAAUGCGCCGGUCUGAUCCCGAGCUCGACACUCAGUUUUAAUAGAACACGGUCGUGAGAAGUCGAAGAAUCUUAGCAGAGGCAGAGAGAGAGAGAGAGAGUAGAGGGAUUCGUAGUCCCAUAGAGGAGGUGGCGUUGGUAGUUGGGGGGUGAAAGGCAAUCGUUAUACCCAAGUGUGCCGGACACUUUGUCGCGCCAAUGCCGCCACCUCGGGUUCGUCGUCUAGUUCUAUCGAUCUUACCCAUCAUCGACCAUUUGCAGUUAAUCGUAGGAGAAUGUCGGUGAAAAUUGCGAUUUUCACGUUGAGAUCGGAUUACGCAUACACGUCGUUAGUUGACGCCAUUUAUUGUGCGGCCGUUUCUGUGUUUUGUUUUUUUGUAAAUCCCUCCUCCCCUCCCCGCCGGUGUGGGUGGGCAGGCGGUUUCUGUGUAUGGCGUGCAGUGUGAUGCUGUGCCGAAGCUCUGCAGAACCGUUUGUCUACCACCACUCCGGCGGGGGAAGGGUUUCUUUCUUUUUUUUUCGUGGCGCAAGGGGAUCGUAUUGAAUUCGGGGAGAAAAACAUAUGUACAAAGUUUUGUUUUGUCAACAACAGAGAGGAACAGAGAGACAGGAUCGAAAUUUCACUCAAACUGUGUUAUAGAUUAGGGUCAGGGAAGGAA